AGCCAAUUUUGCCAGUAUUUUGAGUUCAGUUGAGGCAUAAACACUCAGUGGUUCGGAUCGGUCGACACAGCGUCAAUCAUAACCAUGUCCAAGGCGGGCGUCGUCAACUUGUUGGAUUUGCCGCCACUGCAGGUGACCGGCUGGCUGCAAACAUUUGAUACGGUUAUCUCGGACUGCGAUGCCACCUUGUGGCAUGAUGAUGUGGCCAUACCCGGGGCAGCUGAUGUGCUGAAUUUGUUGCAAAGACGGUUCGGCAAACGCGUCUAUCUGAUCACCAACAACGGCACCAAGACUCGGCAAGAAAUCUUUGAGCGGAGUCAGCGACUAGGCUUUGAGCUGGCCAGUGAAGCGCAGAUCAUAUCACCCACCUCCACAAUUGUGAAUUAUCUGAGGCAGUCGGACAAGUUCGAUGGGAAGAAACAGAGAGUUUAUGUGGUGGGGAAUGCGGCGAUCGAGCGAGAGCUGUCAGGGGCUGGUAUCGAGAGCUUUGGUGCUGGAAAACCAGAGCAGUUGGAUAUUAAGUGGCAGGAUUUUGUGGAGCGUGAAUUUUCGACGCCAACGGCUGCUGUUGAUGUGGGCGCUGUAGUUGUAGGCUGGGAUGAGCAUUACAGUUAUUGCAAAAUGGCUCGGGCCUGUCACAUCCUGACAGCCAACCCCGACUGUGCCUUCUUGACGACCAACAAGGAUGCAGUGCACAAGUAUCCAGCCUACCACAUACCGGGGACGGGGGCUUUUGUGGCUGGCAUCGAGGCAUGUGCGGAGCGAGAAGCCCUCGAAAUGGGCAAACCAAAUCCAUUAGUUCUGGAGCCCUUGUUGAAGGGGAGUGCUUUGGAUGUGAAGCGCACGCUCAUGGUUGGCGAUUGUCUCAAGAUCGAUGUGAGCUUUGCCAGAAACUGUGGCAUGCAAUCUUUGCUGGUGGGUACAGGAAGCUAUCAACUGGAAACUUUGCAUGCUUUGCAGGCAGACAGUAGUGCCAGUAAUCCGUUAGUGCCAGAUGUUUAUCUGCCCAAAUUGGGCGAUUUGUUGCCUUAUAUAUGAUCAAUUUAAAUCAAUUUUCCAUUGCAUUGUAAUUCCAUUUUUAUGUAUGGAAAAUGUAACUCCAAUAUAUACAUCUAAUCAUUUUAAUUAAAA